CAGCGCUUUGGAUACAUGGGGCAAAAUGUUCUCGUCCUCGUGUGUUUCUCCCCGGACCUUUUACGGCAACAGACCGAGUUCCGGUUUCUGAUGUCUGUUGCCUGCGCAUGUUGCCGAGUGUAGCUUCUGUCAAAGUUGUAGCUGUAGCCCACCUCAACUUCCACUAUGGGCAUCUUGGAAAAAAUCGCGGAAAUAGAGAAAGAAAUUUCUCGGACACAGAAAAACAAAGCAACCGAGUACCAUCUGGGUUUGCUCAAGGCCAAGCUAGCCAAAUACAGAGCUCAGCUUCUGGAGCCCUCCAAGUCAGCGGGGCCCAAAGGCGAGGGCUUCGAUGUGAUGAAAUCAGGAGAUGCUCGUGUUGCUCUUAUCGGUUUCCCCUCUGUGGGUAAGUCCACCUUUCUAAGCUUGAUGACAUCAACUGCCAGUGAAGCUGCCUCCUAUGAGUUCACGACUCUCACCUGUAUACCUGGUGUCAUAGAGUACAAAGGGGCCAACAUCCAGUUGUUAGAUCUGCCAGGAAUCAUUGAGGGUGCUGCCCAAGGUAAAGGUAGAGGUCGACAAGUCAUCGCUGUUGCCAGGACAUCAGAUGUUGUCAUCAUGAUGUUGGAUGCCACCAAAGGAGAUGUUCAAAGGACACUUCUAGAAAAAGAGUUGGAGUCAGUGGGCAUCAGACUCAACAGAACAAAACCAAAUAUUUAUUUCAAGCCCAAGAAAGGUGGUGGCCUCUCCUACAACUCCACUGUUCCUCUCACUCACUGCUCAGAGAAGCUCGUUCAGCUCAUUCUUCACGAAUACAAAAUCUUUAAUGCAGAAGUCCUGUUCAGGGAGGACAGCACACCAGAUGAGUUCAUUGAUGUCAUCGUUGGGAACAGAGUCUACAUGCCUUGUCUAUAUGUGUACAACAAGGUGGAUCAAAUCUCCAUCGAGGAGGUGGACCGUCUGGCACGCAGACCUCACAGUGUCGUCAUCAGUUGUGGGAUGAAGCUGAACCUGGAUUACCUUCUGGAGACGCUGUGGGAAUACUUGGCCCUGAUUUGCAUUUAUACUAAGAAAAGAGGAGAGCGCCCAGACUUUAAUGAUGCCAUCAUCAUGAGAAGAGGAGCAAGCGUAGAACAUGUGUGCCAUCGAAUCCACAGAACGUUAGCCAGCCAGUUCAAAUAUGCCCUGGUUUGGGGAACAAGUACCAAGUACAGCCCUCAGAGAGUGGGCCUAACACACAUCAUGGAGCAUGAGGACGUCAUCCAGAUCGUUAAGAAGUAAAACAAGCUUCUGAUUGGACAGAAGAGACGCAGCAGGAGAGGAUUAACAACUUAACUGUACAAUAACUUUACAGCAAAGAAAAAUAGUCACCAUCCUUAUUUUGUAUAUGAAAUCUAACAGGAACAACGAUUCGAAGAUUCAUUGAGACCAACUAUAUCAGAGUUGGUUGUGGACAGAAGCUGGUGUAUUUUACCUUUUGAUUUGACAAUGAUACAAGAUAAGAGACAUUGAUUCAGAGCAAGAAAAGGCUGGAAUAAAGUCAAUAAAACAUUUAAUAAGUC